GACACCUCUCACGAGUUUCGAUGAUAUACUGUGGCGGAAUGUGGAGGAAACACCGCUAAGCAAAGCAUAAUACGGACGAAAAUGGAGCUCCGCUUUGACCAAUGAUCAAUCCACAACGCAAAUCCCUUUCUCCAAUUCCAAAUCCUUUUCCUGCCCCGCACUCUCUCACUCCUCAUCCUAGUUUCCGCCAUGCGAGCAUGCUUUCUUCCUCCUCAUCCUCCAGCUCCGCUCUCUCGCGUCUCCUGAUCCCCUUUCUAUUUUCUAGGUAUUGCAUCGCUUCAAUCUCUCCUCACACUUUGUUCAAUUCUUGCAUGUGUGAUCUCCAUUGUCGGUAAAGAGCCCUGUGUAUAGAUACCCAGCUCUUAAUUUUCGAUUUUGCAGUAGAAUCUUGUUCCUUCGGAUCGUGGGUUUGACUUUAAACUUGAUUUUAAUCUUGAAUAUCAAUGAAAUAAUCGCCUUUUGCGACGGAGUUUUAUUAAACAUGGAGAUUUCCAGUGGAGGUGGAGGUUGUUCUCCUAGAAACAGGUCUGAUCAUUUGAGGAAAGAGGGAUCCGGAGAGGCCGCUUUUCAACUUUCGGCGUUGGAACUCUCUGAUCAUGGUCAUACCUAUCAAUUCCAAUCAAUGAAUGCAUUGGAGAUUUUGAGAGAGACUGUCUGGAUACUUAGGUAUAAUUGCUGGGCCUUCAUGGCAAUCUUGGCUUUGCUCAUUUGUCCUGUUUCUGCUGUGCUUUUAUCUAAUACAUUAGUAGAUAUGUCGAUUGUGAAGAGUCUCACUAUUCGGCUUAUGUUGGUUGCCAAGACUAGUGGUCUCCCUCUGAGAGACCUCAUCAAGCAAUCUUGCCAGCGUUUUGCAGAGACGAUGGUUUCUUCCGCUAUGUGCCUACCUCUGUACAUCACCUUGUUGUUAUUGUCAAAAGCAGCCGUGGUGUAUUCUGUAGAUUGUACGUAUUCGAGAAAAAAGUUCGAUGCUUUGAAGUUUUAUGUGAUCAUCACUAAGUUCUGGAGGAGGAUAGUUUCUACAUAUAUGUGGGUGUGUACAGUUGUGGUUGGUUGCAUCACCAUGUUUUGUGUUUUUCUUGUUUGCUUCUGCAGUGCAUUGUCUGUUCUUGGCUUUUCUCCAGAUAUAGUUGUUUAUGCUGCAGUGUUGGUGGGUCUGGUCUUCUCUGUGAUAUUUGCCAACGCUAUUAUCAUUUGUAACAUUGCAAUCGUAAUCUCUGUACUGGAGGAUGUUUCGGGAGCACAGGCAAUGCUGCGGUCUAACAUCUUAAUCAAGGGACAAACACAGGUUGGUCUACUGAUAUAUCUUGGAUCAACCAUAGGAAUGGCCCUUGUGGAGGGUUUGUUUGAGCAUCGAGUGAAGACGCUAAGCUAUGGUGAUGGAUCCUCUAGGAUGUGGGAGGGGCCGCUCUUGGUGAUAAUGUAUUCAUUUGUGGUGCUUAUAGAUUCCAUGAUGAGUGCAGUUUUCUACUUCAGUUGUAGAUCAUUCAGAAGUGCUGUUGACGCUUCAACUGGUGAAGGCAAUUCCAUUUUAGAAACUCUGGCUAUUUCUGCUGAAACAGUGAACGUUCAAUGACAUAGUCAAUGUGACUUUUAUAUACUAGCCGACUUGAUAAGAUAAAGACGAGAGUAGCAAGAAAAUUUUCAAAUCAAUACGUGUCAUCACGGAAGAACAUUGCCGGACGCCAGGAACGACUGACUUCGGAUGACUUUCAAGCUUCGACUCUGAGAUCAGAUGACUAAUUUGAGUGCCUGAGAAUCUCUACUUUUAGUAGGUUAUAGAUACACAGAGGUAAAUAAAAGCUUGGUAAUCCAUGGUUCAAUUUUUUGGAAUGUCACUAGAAAAGCUGUUAUUUUUAAGAAAAUAGUACAAAAUCAAUUAAAAUUUAAGCACAAAUCCCUUCGUUUUUGUGUUAUACAGAUUUAUGUCAUAUCAUUCAAAAUCUUUUGUCCGUAUUUUGUGUGGUAGGCAUUGGAAAAAUUUGCGGUGAGUUCAUCUUGGUACUAACAACAUUGAUGAACGACGAGUGGGCAUAACGAGUCUGUCUUAAGCUCUGCUCUUCUUAUGUGGCUUCAUAAUUACUUUUGCCUAAUGAUGUUUGGUUGUUCUUAAUCUUUCAAUGACCCCAAUGCCAAGAAAAUAAGAAGAGCGUUUCUUCUUAAUUACACUAGUCUAAUGCUGCCCCAAAA